AUGAGGCCAGCACUUCGCCUCCUCGCCGCCGUGAAGCCCGGCCAAUUCCUCGAGUCUGGCGCACCCACCGGGCUCACCGGCCUCUUCACCCACCCGUCCCCGCGCUCGACCCUCAUAUACCUCUACAGCGGCACCCUUGACAAGCUGAAAGCGGUCCCCGAAUACAGCGUCUAUCGCCAGUCCACCGAAGCCCUCACCCGCCACCGCCUGUCCAUCAUCGAGUCCGUCAAGCCCGAGGGCUUCGACCAGUGGGCCGCCCGCGUGAGGAAGCAGAUCGAGGCGCAUCCCGACGCCUUUGAGAAGCAUGGCACGGGCAUCAAGCACUCGGCGGCGGGGAAGGACUUCGUGACGACCAGGUAUGCCGAGGAGGUGGAUGAGAGGGAGGAGGAGUGGGAUAGCGAGCCGAUCGAAGCCCCGGAGCUGGAGGGAGUGAGGAAUAGCGCGGAGAGGAAGGGGCAGGCGGAAGCGAUGCAGAAGGAGCCAGCAAUGGCUGAGACGGUGGCACGAGAGUUUAUGCUGGAGCCGGAGCCGCCUUUGACGAUGGAGCAGGUCAAUGACUUGGAGAACCGGAUUGGUGCCGGUCUGAUCGAAGAGGUGAUUCAAGUCGCCGAGGGCGAGUAUCAACUGGUGGACAAGAUGGUUGAGAGCAAGGUAUGGGAAGAGCUAGAAGAGAAGGCUCCUGAAGGCCAAUGGUCGUACUUCGAGCGUGGCGGCGCUCGCACCUCGACGCAGGCGCCUUGA